UUACGCAUGAUUGCAACCUGCUCUCCUGAACAAUCGAGUCAUUCAAAACCUGGCCUGGCCUGACCUCUCAUCAUAUCACUCAGACGCUGCACGACAGCAAGUCGGGUUUAGCUUUAUAGCGGGGAUUAACUUCGGGUGUGCCAACGGACACUGUUUAAUUGUAUUAAUCAUGUCCUCCUCCUGCGAUGCUAUUCUCAAAGCACUCAAGGAAUGCCUUCUCAAUUCCGACUGCGUCCAAAAACAAGGAAAUCUUCCUUCAGAGUGUCUUAAGCAACACAGCAAUGAAUUACCGGAGCAAUGCCAGCUACUUAGAAAGUCCACUUUCGAGUGCAAACGCAAUAUGUUGGAUAUGAGGACUCGGUUUCGAGGCAACAAAGUGGGAAUGGAUGCUGAGAAACUGAGACAGCAGAAAACUCCUGCACCUCCCGCAGAAUCAUGACGUGACGGAUGGCUUCCAAGUUCCAUCACGAUGGCGACUCGGAUACUCGCCGAAUCAUUGACUAGAACCUCGUUCCGAGUGUAUCCACUGGAAGCCAAUAUCACACUUGGAGGUCGCUGUAGCACUUCACUGCCUUUUCGAUUGAAUAAAAUCUGAAGAUAUUCACUACUGCGAGCUAUGCUGUUUAUGCAUUCCAGUCUUUCUAAGCUCAUUAGAAAUUCAUCAAAACCGAUUCAUAAGCCAAGUGCUUAGCAAGCCUAAUCGCGCAAGUGGUUAAUUUUGGACCUGGCGCAUGCCAGCUGAGCAUA